CUCGUUUUUUCUGUGUAUUUUUUAUUCGACUGAGUCUUGGCACUUUAUAUGUUGUUAUAUAUCGGGAUUUUUGGAAUUUAUUAGUGGCAUAACUGCAAUGCAAGAUAAAUAGCGUAGGUAUAAGAUUUCCGAAAAGUGGGGAAGUCAUAUCCCUUCGACGGAGCGAUAUCUGAAAUAUUUUGGAUCCCACUUUAAUAAACACCCGGACGGGACGGACAGUCUGUGCUCUGCCCGCCGACAUAGUCGUCAGCCGUCUUUAGCAAGAUACAAUAAAAAUUCCGUAAACGUGGCCAACAGUUUGUCUAUGGAUACCAGCAAUAACAAUUUCUUAACUAAUGGCGGAGAUACAUCUGGGGAGCAGGCACAAGGCUAUCGUGAUGGUCCUGGCUUUAACCCUUCGUGUCAAACGAGAAUGCACAGGAACUUUAAACUCUUGGCGGAUCCACAAUUGCUAAAAUGUGGAUCCAAAUUGUACCGGUACGAUGGUAUGGUUCCCGGAGAUCCGACUUACCCCACAAUUACACCUCGCGAUCCACGCAAUCCCCUUAUUCGGAUUCGAGCUAAACCAGUCGAGCCAUUAAUGCUGGUUGUGCCACGAUUUGUGAUCGAUGCAGAUUACGUUGGUCAGCCGCCUGCUAUUGAAGUGACUGUCGUCAAUCUCAAUGACAAUAUCGACAAACAGUUUCUAUCCAGCCUUUUAGAUAAAUGCGGAUCCACCGAUGAAAUAAAUAUAUAUCAUCACCCAACGACAAAUAAGCACUUGGGGAUCGCUCGAAUAGUCUUUGAAAGCACUAAGGGAGCACGUCAGUUUGUCGAGAAAUACAACCAGAAGUCAGUCAUGGGAAAGAUCUUAAACGUAUUCUGCGAUCCAUUUGGUGCGGUGUUAAAGAAAACCAUCGAUAAUUUAACAAAUCCUGUAAUACCAAGACCUGUAAUUGCCGCCACGCCGCAUUCAACGCAAACGGGUAUUUCGAAAAAGGAGCACAUGCAUGAGUAUGCUGAAAAGGAAGAUCCAAAUAUAGUAUCCAGUGGUGGCUAUAAUUCAUUUAGUAAGAGUGCAGUGUUUGGUGAAAUUGAUGGCGACCGUCACAGAGAACGCGAACGCGACAGAUUUCUAAAUGAUCGAGUACAACAUUCCGUAGAAAGAGCUUAUGAUAGAGAACGCGGGAUACGUAAUAAAUAUAGCAGCUCACGUCAUAGUCGUCAUUACUAUUCUCGAGGAUCGCGCGAAAGAAGUCCGGAGUCAAGCAGGGAUCGAUUUUACAACUCAAGAGACAGGGAGCGAGAUACAAGGGCAUACGACUACUCCAGACCUAAGGGACGGGAUAAGUUUCGAGAUCGGAAUAGAUCAAGAGAUCGCUCCCGGGACCGAUUGAGGGAGAGGAGAGAUCAUCGUCUUAGCGCAUCGAAAGAACGAGAUUACCGAGAACGCGAUCGUGAUCGAUCUAUGGAUAUUGAUGGUGAUCGCAAGGAUCGCAGUAGUGCUAAACACGAUAAGCGGUACUCAAAUAGUGAAUGCGCAGAAGAUAAGAAUGUCGCAUUAUCGGCAUUUAAGAAUCAACAAUAUUAUUCUGGUAUUCCGGCAUCUAAUAUAAUAUCAUCUGAUAAUUAUGGAUACAAUCAAUAUUGUUACACCAUGGCUGAUAACAUGCAAUCAUGGCCAGGUUCCAUGAGAAGGUGGCCCGCACCGCAACCAGAUUCACAGCCAGCACCGCCACCACCGCCGCCUCCGGAGGAGGAAGAAAAUUGGGAUGAUCCACAACCGCCGGCAUCAGUAUUCCACACAAAAGAUAACUCACAUUCAUCAGAGUCAGUUGUUUUAAAAUCACUGUCACCAAAGCGAUCAAAGUCAAGCAAAAGUAAUAGUAAUCUUGAGACUGUUGCUGAUUCGGAUCUUAACACGGAAAAUGUUGAUUUGGACACGCGUAUUGCUUUGAUAUUCAAAGGAAAGACGUUUGGAAAUGCUCCACCAUUUCUUCAAAUGGAUAGUAGUGAUUCGGAAACAGACAAAACAAAGGCCGAGGAAGCCAUUGAGGCUACUGAGUCUCAUUGCGAUUCGAAUAGUUCACACAAUAAAAAGGCGAUUGAGAAGAACGUUUCGGCUUUGCAGCAACAUGGAGCCAGUGAUAUUUCAAGUGACGAUGAUAUUUUAAAUAAAAAGGAAACGGUUAAAAACUCAUCGGAUAAGCCCGACACGAAUGAUAAUAAUGAUGACAAUAUGUCGUUGUCAAGUCUGUCUUCGCAUGAAGAAACGACAAAGGUAUCUGCAGAUUCGUCAAGUCAACUAACAACAAAAGUCAUGUUUGCUGGAUAUACGGAUAUUCAAGCAUCUCAUCAAGGGAAUUAUUACUAUCAUCACUCAGCCUAUGGAUAUGGACACUACCCCUCCGCCAUUGGAGCAAAUACAGGAUUAACUGGCAAGUAUUUCUCCAACAGUGCAUACAUGCAGUCGUCAUACUUACCUGGGGUGGUUUCUGCUGAUGCAUUUCAUUUGGAUCCGUAUGCUCAGACAUAUGGCUAUCAGACUACGCAGCCUGAUCAAAAUGACGAAUUGAAACAAAAUGUUAAAAAGGUUAUGAACUUUAUAGUCGAGGAACUGAAACAAAUCCUUAAACGAGAUGUUAACAAGCGGAUGAUUGAAAUGACAGCUUUUAAAAACUUUGAGGCCUGGUGGGACGAACAAACCGUUAAGGCUCGGUCAAAAACGUUAUCUACAGUUGUUGAUGCAACUCCAGUGACUAGUAACCCCGUGGAGAAAAAUGUCAGCAAAGAGAAGCCUCCCGAUAUUAAUAAUUUGAUUAAUACCCAAAGAGAAAUGCCAGAUUUUCAAUCAUUUUCCAGCAUUGGUAUACGUGCCGCAAUGCCAAAAUUACCAUCAUUUCGACGAGUUCCCAAACAUCCUAGUCCCAUUCCCGAUAAAUUGGAGAGGGACCUUAGCGAUCAAGAAGAAAUGGUACAGCGUUCAGAUUCAGAUAAGGACGAUUCAAAUAUGGGUACUUCAGAUGCUCAAAAUCUAAAUGUAAAACGCCGCACAUUGCAAAGGGAUGCUGAAAAGUUGCGUUUGACAGCAUCCAAUGUACGAUUAAAAAGAAAAGGAAGUGCCUCAAGUUUCUUUUCAUCAUCCACAUCGUCAUCAUCAAAUAGUGAGGGUGAAAAUGAUGCCGAGGAGAUUGCCGAUGGAGCUGAAAAUGAAAGAAGUAGUGAUGAUGAAAGCUUUGAUGAAGAUAUGCCUUCAAGCAAUGCAAAUGAAAGAGAGAAAUUCUCUAAAAAGCGUAGACGUGAUUUGAAGGCUACAGAGGGUAGUAUUCAGAAUGUUUAUUCAGAUUCAGAUGAUGAUAACCAAUCCAUUAACCGAAUACAAGCCACAAAACGAGGUCGUACGAAAAAAAUUGAUAUUUAUUCGGACACUGAUGAUGAUGAUGAUGAUCUGAAUGCUGAACCAAAGCGAAUUAAUAAUUCAAAAUCGAAAAUCAUCUCAGCCAUUCCAUCAGACCUUGAAGAUAUCAGCAAGGAUAGUUGUUUUGGUACGGAUGAAAUUGGCAUUGGUUCGAAAUUUGUAUUAGAGUCAAAGACUGAUGAAAAAAUUAAUAACGAAUCCCGCCGCUCACCUACACCAGUUCCGCCACCAGAUUACGAUGAGGAAACAAUACCGAGGUCCGAUGGCAUGUCCACACAAAAAUCACAUUUUGAAUAUGAUCGAAUUUAUAGCGAUUCUGACGAGGAGCGUGAGUAUCAGGAAAAGAGGCGGCGAAACACAGAGUAUAUGGCUCAAAUAGAACGGGAAUUCUUAGAAGAGCAACAGAAAAAUGCAAAUGAGCCACCAAAUAAAACGUUAAAUAUUGAUCUGAAGCUUGAUAUUAAUAAAAUGUCGUCAUUUGACAUGCCAGAAACUCCUGAUAUUUCGAAACUGCCACCAACACCAGGAUCCAAACUGAAAGUUCAUUUGACAGAAGACUUGACACUCUACAGCAAAAAUAUUCAGGAUGGUGAUGCUGAAAUCAGAGGAUUAGAAAAAAUUGAAGCUAGUUCAGAGUUGAUCAACUACACGGCAGAUAUUAAGGACGAGAUGCUCCUUAAACACGAAAGUGAUAUAAAAUCUGAGGAGCUCAGUGCAGCACCAUGUAUCAGUCAACCAAGCGAAGUUCGAAUAUAUAACGGAAAGCAAUCUCCUGCCUCAUCAGACAGUGGCUCGAGCCAAGCAUCGCAGGCCAGUCAGGUGGCUCUCGAGCACUGUUAUUCCUUGCCACCACAAGCACAAGUAGUCGCUUCCGGUAAUGUUUCAACAUCCGGAUUUGAUUCCAAGAUUAAGAAAGAGAUAGAUAAUACUCAGAUAGCGAGACCAGGCCCAGGAAGACCGCGCAAAGAUUCUGUUCGUGCUCAGAAGAAGAGAAAGGAUCUUACUGGACGACAACCCAAUAAAAAGAUUGAUAAAAUUGAGUCUAUGAAAACCACACUUUCUGAAUUGGCCAGACAAACUUCCAACUUUGUUCCAAGUGAAAUGUUUAAUGCACGUGAUCAAAACGAAGAAAUGGUUAUAUUGUACACAUUUCUUACGAAAGGCAUCGAUCUGGAGGACAUUAAAUACAUCAAGGCAAGCUACAGCGAACAUCUUCAAAAGGAACCAUAUGCUAUGUUUUUGAACAAUACUCAUUGGGUUAAUCAUUGCACUACGGAUAGGGCAUUUUGGCCACCACCUCCCAAAAAGCGACGAAAAGACGACGAACUGAUGCGUCACAAAACUGGAUGUGCACGCACCGAGGGCUUCUACAAGCUGGAUGUGCGAGAAAAGGCUAAACACAAGUAUCAUCAUGCCAAAGCCAAUACGUAUGAUUCCCAAAAUGAAGACCGUUGUGACGAGCCAACUGCGUUGACGAACCAUCACCAUAAUAAACUGAUAUCAAAAAUGCAAGGCAUUUCACGGGAAGCGCGAUCGAAUCAACGUCGUUUAUUAACUGCCUUCGGUUCAAUGGGCGAGUCCGAGCUAUUAAAAUUCAAUCAGCUUAAAUUCCGUAAAAAACAGCUUAAAUUUGCAAAAUCGGCAAUUCAUGACUGGGGACUAUUUGCCAUGGAACCUAUCGCGGCAGAUGAAAUGGUCAUAGAAUACGUUGGUCAAAUGAUUCGGCCAGUUGUUGCCGAUUUAAGAGAGACAAAAUAUGAGGCGAUCGGCAUUGGCAGCUCAUACUUAUUCCGAAUCGAUAUGGAAACAAUUAUCGACGCUACAAAAUGUGGCAAUUUGGCAAGAUUUAUAAAUCACAGCUGCAAUCCAAACUGUUAUGCCAAAGUCAUUACCAUAGAGUCCGAAAAAAAAAUAGUUAUAUAUUCAAAGCAACCCAUUGGAAUUAAUGAAGAAAUAACAUACGACUACAAAUUUCCUUUAGAGGAGGAAAAGAUCCCAUGUCUUUGUGGUGCUCAAGGGUGUAGGGGAACACUUAAUUAAGGUUAAAUUACAAAAAAUGUAUAUGUGCGAGUUAAAUUAACAAAUAUUAUAGAUAUUGGGAUAACACGAUAUUAUUUUAUGUAUGCAGUUACUUUAAAAUAGAACAUAUUUUAAUUUUAAGAUACUGAAAAUGUAUAUUAAAUUCAGGAUAACAAGGAUGUUCAAUAGGAAGAUUUUUUAUUUGUAACGCUUUCUUUGACAAAAAUAGACGUAAAAUAUAUUUGACUAUAAACUGUUUUCAACACGCUGCUUCGAAAUAAUAGUAGCGAAAUUUGAACUACCCAAUUAUUGACUAUUAUACAGUUCAAUAUGUCGUGUCGAUACAUUUUAAAUGGAUGUUCAGAGUUCAGAAAUUCCUAAAAAAAUUUAUUAUAGUAGCAAUAGUCGUGGAUUUGUAAAUAUAUAUACAAAUAUAUCAAUCAAUGAAUAUAUAAAAUGUAUAAUAAUAGAAUGUGAAAAAUCUGUAUAAAGUUAAAAAACAACCAACGCUUGCGUGAAGUUCUUUUCCUAUAUGCAUUAUAUAUUAAGAUUAAAAUAUAAUGCAUUAAACACUAUA